GCUACAAUCAAUAUUCCCGCAUACAUCUUGCACUCAAAAAGAUGCAGGUGUCACAGUACCUCGGUAUCCCUGCUGUCGUCGUUAUUUUCGUUUAUAUCAUCGCGAAGACGUUUCAAGGGAAAAAAAGGAAGAGAUCUGCCAAACCUGGAACGGUAGUUCUUCACCAGUUUGCUCCUACCGAGUUAUGUGUGUCGGCCUCUCCGCCAUGUUUGAAGUUGGAAACUUUCCUUCGCAUGACAAAGAUCCCGUACGAAAAUGAAUACGGUUUGAAAUUCUCUAAAAAAGGGAAAAUACCUUGGAUUGAAUUCAACGGGCAAGAAAUAGCAGAUUCUAAUUUCUGUAUUCAGUUCCUAAAGAAAGAGUUCAAAGUGGACAUCGAUUCUCAUUUGAAUGCAAAUGAAAAAGCAAUCGCUCGCACUGUUCGAACAAUGCUGGAGGAAAAUACUUACUGGACCCUUGUGUACUACCGAUUCUUUACUCCCAGCUUUGCCGAAAGAGCACGCGAAAUAUUGUUUGGUCAUCUCAUCAUGCCGAUCAAAUAUCUUGUAUACUAUAUGAUUAAGAGAAAGGUCAAGAAAGAUUUAUGGUCGCACGGAAUUGGUCGACACUCUGAGCAGGAGGUCUAUGGAAUAGCAGAGAGGGAUCUUCUUGCUGUGUCAGAAAUUCUGGGGCAGAAGAAAUUCCUAUUUGGUGAAAAGCCUUGUCUUGCUGACGUUGCAGUAUUCGCUUUCGUCUGCGGAGCAACUUUGGAAUGUCCACAAAGUCCCUUUGCAGAGCUCACCAAGUCUAAGGCCCAGAAUCUUCAAAAACACGCCCAGCGAAUGAAGGAGCUGUAUUUUCCAGACUGGGACGAUAUCAUUUCCAAGAAACCUAAGUCUAGUUAAAGGAGAUUUCCGGAAAUCUCACGACCUCGUUCGCUCUGACGAAGGGCUAAAGCUCGAAACGUCAGCUUUGUAACUCUUUACGAUGGCCAGUUUACAUUAUCAACUCAGUUAAUAAAACCAAAAUCAUGACAUUCUUAGUUGCGAUUUAUGAUAUCUUCCU